CGUAUCGUCUGCAGGUACACAGACUUCCCGCGCCCUUUUUCGAUCCAUGCCAUGGCCACAGUGUAACAGACUUCCGUGCACCACUCACACUUCAAUUUAGGACGGACCACAAAUCACUCUAGGCUCGAUUUGAAUUCGGCCAAGUGCUUCGGGCUGGUGCAACAGAAGUCCUAUUAGUAUGACAGAGCCUUCUCCUCGCGAUGGCUCUAUCAGCUCGGCUACUUCAGGAGGAGGAGGAGGAGCAGCAGGAUUCCUUUCCAAGAUCACGAGAUCGCCCUCACGCAGACACAAGCCUCUAGGAUCCAACAGUUCGAUUGAUGCAACCCUUUCCCCUCCACGCCCAGGACAGCCCCGACCGGGAUAUCAACGGACGACAACUGCGCCCGCGGCGCCCAUCACAUUGAAUUCAAUCAAGGCCGAUAUUGUGUCUCGAACAAAUAGCGAUGUUACCAACCCUACAACGAGCGACAAUAUGGCUCUUCCGCUACCGGUGCCCCUCCUAACAAAUGGCUCAACCAACGGUCGAGCACCCCUUCAAAGAGUCACCAGCAAUUAUACCACGAACGAACCAACUGCAACAGCAAAGCCAGAAGUGGACGUCGCCUCUACGUUGGCACUCAAUGGCAUGCUCUCGGCAAGCGCAGUCUCGGGUGGUACAAAUACAAGCGCACUCUAUUCACACAUACAAGAGUUGGCAAAUAAGAGAAUAGCAACGUUAGAUUACCUGCGCAAGGCGCAUGAAGGACGAUCCUUCUGGUUCAACACGGUCCAAUUCACCGAGGGAGAUAUUGCCAAAUUACCUUCCUACACACCGAACCGACUAUCACGGCGGGCCGUGAACUACAUGAUCCUGGGGAUGUCACUUCCCACCGUGCUCGACCUUCACCCACCCCAAAAUGCCUCUACCGCAAGUGCGGCCGUUGCGCAAGACUACCUGAAAAGCCUGAACACGCUUCUCACUGAAUUCGAGUCUUUUCAACAAUUGCAUCCGCCAGACGGUAGUACAGCGAGUUCCCUCAGUCGAGCCCGAAUACCUCAGAUGUUCAAGAGAGCGGCAACGACGUCGAGACCGCGAAAGUCAAGUGGCCCUGUCACAGAUAUUGGACUUCCUAUGCUCCCUCCCACUUCGUCACCACCAAGUCUCUCAGAAGGCGGACAUCACGGCUCACAGCCUUCUAUAGACGCGGCCACAAGCGGCGCAUCAUUCAUUUCAUCAGCAAGCACGUUGACCACAUCAUCUCCUUCAGCACCAUUACCUUCAGCCAAUUUUCCUGGCACUUCUUCCUUUCCAGCUCCUGCGCCGUUUGAUGCGCCGAACUCGACCUUGCUACCGAACGAAGGUCCUUACACGCACCUUCAGACACCCCCACUACCGUUCACACCAGACUUUUUCACUGUUUUUGCGACUCUGUGCGACACACUGAUUGACACGUAUCAGAGGCUGCUGCAAAUAUUAACCGGCCCGUCGGCUUGUACACCUAUGAUCAGCGAUCUGUUCACUAAAGUCGAUGGACGGAUACGAAAAGUCAUGGUUUCCUCAAUUGUGCGAGAAUUUGAGAAUGCUUCACGAGAAAACGUGAAGCGAGAAAUGAUGGGGUUGCAGAAGGUGGUCUUGGGUGGACUCAUGGCUUGAAGCGACAAGAUUGCCUCGUUUGACAAUCUACGAUCAUGUUUGAAUAGUAAGGCGUUGGAAGACCUAAGGGCUGAAUGAUUGGGAUUUGUGACGGUUAGCGGAUGGACUCUUGAAGAGCUGUACAACAAGCUCGUGUGUGAAAAUAUGUGGACGAGGCUGUGACAUGACAGAUUGGCAGUGCCUCCUAUCUCGAUACCAUCUUUUGUAGUAUAACCUGUUGAUCUA